CCAGUCCCCCGGGAUUCCCGGCGUCCCCGGUUCCUCUCCACAUUCCCCCACUGCCUUCCCCCUGUCUCCUCCUCCUCUUGCUCCUGCUCCUCCUGCUCUCGGGUUUGAACACCCGCUGCCCCCGGCAGAACUGCCUCCCCUCCGCCGCUCGCACAGCCCUGCCCUGCCCUGCCCUGCCCUGCCUGCCGGGCUCCGCCAGCCCCGGACCUGCGGACAGGUGAGGCAGAGCACCCAGGAUUAUGGCAACUUCUUCCACCACCUUCUCUCCUUUCCUCUUCCUGUGCGCACUGGUUCUUUCUGACGUCAGUCUUGCAGUCUCCCUGAACCCUGGCACAAAGCUCAGAAAUGUUCCAGAGAGCAACAACCACCUUCAAAACCAAGAGAUGUGGCUGCAGCAGCCCAAAAUUGGGCACCACCACAAGCAUGGCCUGGCCAAGAAGGAGAGGGUCCAUGCCAUGCCUUCGAGAGGGCGACUGGCCGGGGAAGAGACCCUCAGGAUGGGCAGUGGAGCGUCAGCUGUGGAGGAGCUGGUGACAGAGGGACAGCCAGCAGCCCUGAAACAGAACAAGGAUGUGUUCCUGGGCUUUGAGUUGCCAUAUCCUGAGAGGGAGAACCAGUCCCCGGGCUCGGAGAGGGGGAAGAAGCAGAACCGGGAGCACCGGCGGAACAGCCGCAGGGACAGGCUGAAACACCACCGAGGGAAGACUCCUGAUGCUGGGCCGAGCUCCCUGUACAAGAAACCUGAAAGCUUUGAAGAACAGUUUCAGAACCUCCAGGCAGAGGAAGCUACAAGUCUGACUCCCACUGUGCUCCUCAUCACUGCCCUGGACCAAGCUGUUUCCACGGAAGAGCCUCCUGUUCUUCCAGCCACCUCACCACGGUCACAGGCCCGCCUCAGGCAAGAUGGGGAUGUGAUGCCCACCCUAGAUAUGGCACUCUUUGACUGGACAGAUUAUGAGGAUCUCAAACCAGAAAUGUGGCCAUCUGCUAAAAAGAAAGAAAAGCGCCGCAGUAAGAGCCCCAGCAGUGGAAAUGAAACUGUGACAGCUGAAGGGGAGCCAUGUGAUCACCACCUUGACUGCCUCCCAGGCUCUUGCUGUGACCUGCGUGAGCACCUCUGCAAACCCCACAAUCGAGGCCUUAACAACAAGUGUUAUGAUGACUGUAUGUGCACUGAAGGGCUCCGCUGUUACGCCAAAUUCCACCGGAACCGAAGAGUGACCCGGAGGAAAGGGCGCUGCGUGGAGCCUGAGUCAGCCAACGGAGAGCAGGGAUCUUUCAUCAAUGUUUAGGAGGGUGGGACUCCUGCCCGGAGGGUCGGGAGCUGGGCUCAAACUGUUCAUACCUAGCAAUGGGAAUUAGAGGAAAAAGUUGAGCAAAUGGCUGGAGCUGCAGGCUCUGGACAUGCCAGGUUCCAGCUGGGCUGAAACUCAUGUUGUUUAUAAAGAGAGUGGCCUCAGCCUUUUCCAUAGCAGACUGCAUUCCCCCUGCUUUCCCUCAGCACAUUGGUGCCACUGAGUUGGGUGCCCCUCUCCCAGUUGGUAAGAAAUGAUCAUUACUCCUGUUCUGAUGGUCCUGGCAGGAGCAGGCUCUGCAGUUUCCUCUCUUCCUCUCAAAGGAGUUAAGAUGUGGAAGAUUCUUCAUGGCAAAGGAAAUAUGAGCUUAAACUUUACCCCUUAGUUAUUACUUGAGAAUAAAGGUAGAUUGCCCUUAAGGAUUGGAGGUUCCUAGAGGAGAGGAAACUUGUAGCCUCCAGAUGGAAUCAAAGCUGGGAAAUGGAUGAGCAGGAACCUGGCUGUCUAGAUGAGAGAGGACCCUCUGACAGAGCUCUUGCUUUCUCCCCUUUUCACUGCUUUAGACAUAUUCCCCAGCUGUUACACACUGCCACUUCCUACCUGUCAUCUUUGGGACCAUCCAGUCCCACUCCAUCCUUCCUUCCUUUCUUGCUUCCAGAGAACCACCUGGUUUCUGCAAGGAUGUGGCAAGACAUCCCAGCCUGCAGCUCUCACUCAUUUAGUUAUCCUGCCAAGUCUGUUAUUUUUAAUGAUUAUUUUUAGGAGCUUUCUGGGGAAGUGAUAGUUUUCCUAGUGAGCCAAAAAUAAAGUUUUUGGUAACAGGAGAUAGGGACAGGCUGUUCCAUUGUAGUAAAUCCUGUGACAUGUUGCAUGUGUGUUUCCAUGAUAUGUAAAUAAAGAUAUGAUAGAUAUC